AUGGAGCGUGCCCGUCAGUAUGAGUACCAAUUGCUUGCCGAUCGCCUCCUUGGUAUCGUUGGAGGAAGUAUUGGGCGUCGAUAUGAUCCAGCAAACCCUGUCUUGAUUGGAGUAGGACUGGGCAAGUUCUCGAUUAAGAGUGGACUCUCCUCUCUUGACUCCACUUUCCUAUCUUUUUUUGUGCAGAAGGCACGGUCGUUGGGUUACCUGGUCGUUGGACUCAAUGAGUAUUAUACGAGCAAGAAAUGUCCUCACUGUGGGCUAUUCGUCGCCCUGGUCACCCUCCGCCGUUUCUUUUGCCCAACCUGCCACGUUUAUCACCACCGUGACGUUAUGGCGGCUGAGAACAUGGCCAACCUUGUGCGAGGAUAUCUUGAAAAGCAGCAGCGCCCAGAGUACCUCCAGCCUGUGACUCCGGACGGAUCUUUUCCUUGGAUGGCUAGUGCUGGCGCAGGAUCGAGAACACUCUCGAAUACAACCCCUGGAAGCGGCAGCAGCGGGAGCACUACCACAACGAGUCAAUCGUCAGGACAUCGAAAACGGCUUGCCUCUACCUCAAGCACCACGGACGGAACUCAAGGCCGACCAAAGAGAUCAGCCAUUGCCUCUAGCUCAAGCCCGGCGCACGGUGGAAAGGGUGCGCGGAAGUAG